UCUUUCAACAGCAGCAACAGUUAGUCAGCCACCUCGGUAGGUUGUUAGACAAAAUAGCCGAACCAAUAAAGCUCUUUAGACGCUUUCGUGGGUAUUAGCCACUGUGUUUUAAAGUUAUACGAUUUAUGUUGUUAUUAUUCAGCUAGCGGGCUGUUUACGUUAGCAUUAGCCUAGCUAGCUAACAUCUCCGACCAUGAGUUCACUAAGCUACUCUCCUUCUGCUAAAGAAGAGGAUGUCUGCUGGACGGAGAAAGAAGCUCUCGUCAAAGAGGAGGAGGAAGAGAAGGAUGUCACAGUAAAACAAGAAGUUGAGAGUGAGGCUGUUAUAGUUAAAGAAGAGAAAGACGUUUCAGUGAAAGAGGAGGAGGAUGUUACAGUAAAAGAAGAGGAGGAAGAGAAGGAUGUUACGAUACAAAAACAAGUAGAGAGUGAGGCUGUUACAGGGAAAGAAGAAGAGAAAGACGUUUCGGUGAAAGAAGAGGAAGACGCGUUCAGAGUGAAGGAGGAUGUUACAGUAAAAGAAGAGGAGGAUGCAGUUUUUGAAGUGAAAAGGGGGGAGAUUACGGCCACAUCGGAAGAGGAGGAAACUGGAUAUCUGGGCCCGAUUUCCCAAACAUCCAGUGGUUCUAACGAUGAACUUAGCCAUAAGAUAGGUUUGAGAAACCGGGCCGUGAUUACUACUGGAGAGAUACAGGACUAUCGUGGAUCCUCUGGGGAGCCUCAACAACAGGCAGAGCAGAGUCUCUCCACAUCAGAACACCUCAAGAAACAACAGCAGAGACCCACAGGGAAGAAAUCUAUUUGCUGCUCUGCCUGUGGGAAAUGUUGCAAAUCUUCAUCAGAACUUAAAAUACACCAGCAAGUCCACACAGGAGAUAAACCAUACUGCUGCUCUGACUGCGGGAAACGUUUCUCAAGAUCUAAUUCACUAAAAGUACACCUGAGAAUUCACACUGGAGAGAAAUCUCACCACUGUUUUGAUUGUGGGAAAAGUUACUUAAGAUUAAAAUCACUAAAAGUACACAUGAGAAUUCACACUGGAGAGAAACCUUAUAGAUGUGAUCAAUGUGGGAAGAGUUUUACUAUAUCUAGCUGUCUGACUAUACAUCAGAGAACACAUACAGGAGAAAAACCAUAUAGCUGUACUCAAUGUGGGAAGAGUUUCACUACAUCUAGCCAAUGGAUUGUACACCAGAGAACACACACAGGAAAGAAACCUCUUAGCUGUACUCAAUGUGGGAAGAGUUUCACUCACUUAGGCAGCCUGUUAUCACACCAGAGAAAACACACAGGAGAGAAAUCUUAUAACUGUGAUCAAUGUGGGAAGACUUUUACUCAGUCAAGCAACCUGGUAUCACACCAGAGAACACACACAGGAGAGAAACCGUAUAGCUGUGAUCAAUGUGGGAAGAGUUUUACUAAAUCGAGUAGUCUUAUUGUACACAAGAGAAUACACACAGGAGAGAAACCUCAUAGCUGUGAUCAAUGUGGGAAGAGUUUUGUUACAUCUAGCCGGCUUAUUGAACACCAGAGAACACACACAGGAGAGAAACCUCAUAGCUGUGAUCAAUGUGACAAGAGAUACUCUGAUAAAAGAUCGCUGAUCAAACAUCAGAAAAUACAUACAUGAAGGAGUUGUUUCAUGAUAUCAAUGAAAUGUCACAGUGUAGAAUGUUUUAACAUUGUAGUAGGAGUAUUUUAAUUAUGUCACAAUGGAGAACCCUAAUUGUUUGCCCCCUGUUC